AUGGCGGAGAUCACAAACUCAGACCUCAAGAAGGGCACACUCGCCGAAGUCAUCAAGGGUGCCGAUGUUUUCAUCGGUGUUUCUGCACCAAAGACACUUACACAGGAGAUGGUCAAGUCAAUGGCCGAAAAGCCAAUUGUCUUCCCAAUGGCAAACCCAAUCCCAGAGAUCAUGCCAGAUGAAGCUAAGGCAGCUGGUGCCGCCGUUGUUGGCACAGGCCGUUCAGACUUCCCUAACCAAAUCAACAACGUUCUCGCAUUCCCAGCUCUCUUCCGUGGUGCACUCGAUGUCCGCGCAUCACGCAUCACAAACGAGAUGAACAUCGCCGCAGCACGCGCAAUUGCUUCACUCGUCUCAGACGAAGAACUCAGUGCAGACUACAUCCUUCCUAACCCAUUCGACAAGCGCAUCAAGGAGACCGUCUCUAAGGCAGUUGCAGAAGCUGCCAUCAAGUCAGGUGUCGCACGCAUCAACCAGUGA